CCUCUCAGCGCUCGCCCUCCGGGAGCCAUCUCCCGUCCCGAUUGGGGAGCCGCUGCGCCUUCCCCGCCCUCCACCUUCUCCCACCUGGACUCUCGGGUCCACCUGUGCCCGCCCUCCCUGCCUCCCCCUACCUACCCCACGCCCGCCUGCGCCUGCGCCCUGAGCCCGGUGGAGUCUGGCCGCCGAGGCAGGGAAGCUUCUGCGGCCUGGGCGCGGUACGCGAGGAUCCAGGCUCCGACGGCGCCCGCUCGGGGUGGGACAGGCGGCUGCGUGCCCACGAUGGGCUGCUCCAGCAGCGCCCUCUGCAAGGCUGGCGACAGCAGCAGGUUCCGCAGCGCAACUUCCAACGCAUGCUUUUCUCCUACAGAAGCCAGCGAGUCCUGCACCGCCCAGCCCAAACCGUGCGGGGCGCGCCGGGACCCCGCUGUCCCCGGCGGCGCGCAGAGGGGGAGCCUCGCCCCGGCGGAGAAGCCCAGGGCGUCGGUGCUGCCCACGGCUAACGGGGUCCGAGCCCGCGGGUCGCAGCCCACAGAGAAGCCCGAGCCUCCGGGGGGACCCGGGGAAUCCGAGCCACCUCAGCCGGGUGGCAAAGACGGUUCCCCGGGAACAGAGGUGACGAAGGGCGCGGAAGCAGCGCCCGAGGUUCAGGCUGGGACGGGAAGUGCGGAGACGGACGCCCCGGGGCCGGCGGGACACAGCCCGCCUCUGGCGACAGCUGCAGCGCUCGGGGCCGCAGAGCCACCGGGGGACGAGGAGCAGCCCCAGCGCCCAGGGACCCCCAGGGGGAGCAGCGCCCCGGAAACCCUGGGAGGAAGUCAGGCGGUGGAGACCGGGGGAGAGCAGCGUCUUCAAGAAGCAACGGGGCAAGAAGAGCAGGCACAGUCUCAGCUCCCAGAAGCAGCUCCCGAGGAGAGGGCACCGCCGGGAGCCCCGGAAGGAAGCCGGUCCCGGGGAGCCGUGCAGGAGGCGCAGCCUGCAGACGCGCUCGGAGAGGGCGCGCAGCCUCGGGCUGCAGAGGGAAUUCCUGCAGAGGGCGCCACGCCCGAGAGGCAGGACGGAAGCCCGCCUGGGCAAACUGCAGGGGGCCAGGACCCAGCCCACACAGCUCCUCAAGGCCCCGGCGCCCCGGAACAGGACCAGCCUGAAGGCACGGUGCAGGGCACGGAGCACCCAGCGGGAACCGCAGAGGUGGACAGGGAAAGCCGCCCCACCGCAGAGGAGCAGCGCGCUGAAGGCAAGGCGAGAGAAAAGGAGGAAACAGAGGUGAAGGAGAAAGUAAGUGAAGAGGCUGAAACCAAAGAAGAAGAAACAGGAGAAGCCGUGGAUGUUUCAGCAGCCACAUAGAUGGGGCGGUGACAGCAGGGCGGACAGACACAGCGUGGUGUGGCGGAGAAGAGAGAAAAUGGUAGUGACGCUGGUGGGGGGGACCUUAUCUGUCUAGAGCUGCAUGGUUUAUUCCGGAAGUGUGGGAAUAGAUUGUUGGGACCAUGUCAUUGAUUGCAUUUUUACAUAAAACUGCUAUGCUGGAAAGUUUUCUUAGCUACUUAAGAUAAUUACACAUUUAAAAUUAUAAUAGCCGGAGCCAAUGAAAACUAGGGUAUAUGACUGCUUAUGAAUGUGAGGGUGACGUUAGUGGUUGUGGCAGUGGAUAUAAAGGACACUAAAAAGAAAGCAUAAACCUACGUAGGUGGCUGGAGAAAGGAGUUAGUGCAGUUUAAAGAAGUUGUAGUAAUAGUUACACAGCAAAAUUAUGAUAGAGCAAGAAUGAAUAACACCAAAAACUGUGGGAUGAGCUACACUUUGUAUUUCUGUCCUCUCCUAGGAAUCAGGGCCGGUAGGAACUUUGGGAAGUAUUUUACCUAAUUACCUCCUUACCUGAAGUCUACCUGCUGCCACAGACCCUGUGCACCAUGGCGUAUUAAGUACGUUAACAGAACGCUUUCCAGGGGAAUGCACACUCUGGUGCUGGCCCACGAUGAAGCUUUUUUCAAUAGUGAAAGGCUCCACAUUGUCCACGUGCCAUUUUGAAUCAGCCGUUCCUUACCUAUGUGUGAUUCAGCUUAUGUUGUUACCUUCCUGGCUAGCAUGAAAAGCACUUUGAGCUCAGUGACCUCCAUGUAUUUCCGAGAUAACAAACAGCAAGAAUUAAGACCUAGCUUUAUUUCUUACGUGGAGUCUUUCCAGGCCCUAUUUGAUUUUUAGAUAACUACUAUUUACUAUUAGAUUUUAGAAGUGGAAAGGAGGUAAGACAUCAAGAUUUUAAAAACAUUUAUAAUUUCAUUCAUGUUAAAAUGAUGUACCACAUGGGCCAGGGAGUUAGCUCAGUGCAUAAGUGCCUGCCUUGCAAGCACAGGGUCGUGAGUUCAAUUCCUGGUUCCCAAAAAAAAGAAAAUAGAAAGAAAGAAAAUGAUGUACCACAAAAGUGAAGAAGACUUCACUUUUCAAGAAGUCUUCCAAAAUUGGCAAGGGUUUUGGCAAAUAACUGAAUAAGUGGUAUCAUAGUUAAUGUGCCCACUGUUAAGUGCCUGGUGUUUGUGAAUAUCACAGUAGAAUUCUAGAAACAUUUGGUUUCUUUAUGGUAUUUGUAAAUACGUGAUUUUAGGUAACUGCCCAAAUGAAUUACCUAGACUCUCUUUUACUAUAGAUUCAACAUUAAAAUGACUUACUAAGAAAAUUUAUAAUUAAUCACAGGAAUAUAGGAUAUAGGAAGAGAACAUAAACUUUUUUGUUUUUAAUAUUGAUUUAUACCUUUGGCUUUAAAGUGUUCUGGUAGACAACAAAAGGAGUUCCUAGAGCUGAGUGUGGUGGUGCACACCUGUAAUCCCAGCACUCACGAAGCUCAGGCAGGGGGAUUGCCUGGAGCCUGAAGCCAGGCUGAGGUCAAGGCCAGCCUGAACUACACAGCAAGACCUUUUCUAAAAUACACACACACACACACACACACACACACACACACACACACACACAGAGAACCAAACCAAAAUCCCAAAUUCCUCCAAACCAAAAGGAAUUCCUUGAGCAGAUGACAUCAUCCUAUUAGCAAAAUAAAAAUAGCUGGAUCAUGAUUUCCUGAAAACAAGCACUGUGUUUUCUAUGUCUUUAAUUUAAACAACUAGUGCCUUUAAAGGAACAUGACAGGGAGUCUGAACAUUAGUUGAAUUAAUCACUAGAAAAUAAUAUACUUAAAAUAUGAAUAUGUUAUACUGACCCCAUCCUAUCUGGGAAACUGAAAAAAGUUCACUUUUACGUCAAGACUGCUCAAACUCAGUGAUUUUAUGUUUGGUGUAAUUAAGAAUAAUAGCAGUAUUUCUAGGUCAGAAUCAAGAACUGAUAUAACUUACUUUUUGAGGUACUUUUCUUUCUUGCUGUCUUUCCUUCUUUCUUUCUGUCUUUCUGAAUUCCUUCCUCCCUUCCUCCCUUCCUUCCUUCCUUCCUUCCUUCCUUCCUUCCUUCCUUCCUUCCUGGCAGUGCUGGGGAGUGCACGGAGGACCUUGCACAUACUAGGCAAGUGCUCUACCACUAAGCUAUUUUCUCAGCCCUGAGAUAAAUAUUUUUUUCAACCCAAAGGUUUUUCCCUGACCAGAAGGAGUUUUUAUACAAGAGUCUUAGAAAACAUCAAGGCAGAUAAGUAUGUGACUGGUGAAUGUAUUAAUUAGUUUGAUUUAAUACUUUCAGAAUGCAUAUAAACAUCAAUACAUCAUAUUGUGCUUCAGAAAUAUCUAAGUUUUUGGUCAAUUAAAAAUAAAACAAAAUUUGAAAAAGAUACAUUAGGGCUUUGUAUAAAAUAUGGUCACCCUCUUAAGUGAUAUUGUCCUUUAUACCAAGCACCGAAAUAGGAUUAAUUUAAUGAAGAGGCAUAAAGACCAGGCUAUCAUGAGUGAUUUAUCUUUUAAAAAAAAUAAUCUCUGACAUAUGUUAAAGAGACCUAUUUGGAACUCAUUCUUGAACUCUUUUUCAAAAAAGCAUUUUCUGUUUCCAAUAUGAAACGUCUCCAGGGCACGGUGGCACACACUCGUAGUCUCCGCGUAUGGCAGGCUGAGGAAGGAGGAUUUCCAGGAGAAGCCAGCCUGGGCUACAGAGUGAAUUCAAGGCCAGCCUGAACUGUACAGUGAGACCUUAUCUCAAAACCAGACCAAACCAAACCAAACCAGACCAAACCAGUGGUCAGGUGGUACAUGUCUGUAAUCCCAGCACUUGGGAGCCUGAGGCAGGAGGAUCACUGCAAGGCUGAGGCCAGCCUAGGGUAUCUAAUGAGUUCAAGGCCAUUUGAACUACAUAGUGAGACUGUGUCUCAAAAAACCAAAAGAACCCCAAAAAACCAAAAACAGCGAAACAACAACAAAAAAACUCAACCCAAACAAACCAAACAUUUUCAAAUCAUUAAUCUCGUUAUUUCUCAUUAGUGACAGAAAUCUCAAAAACCUGGAAAUGCAUAUACAUUUUGGUACUUUCUAUACUGUAUUUAUCCUUUUAUGUGGCUACUAAGAUAUUUACAGGACUUAAAAAAUUAUUUUACAUAAAGUAUGGAUGGUUACUUUGUAGUCCAGUUUAGGUCUGAUUGAGAUAAUGACUGUUUUCUGUACCUGAUUAGAAGGGAACUGGUGAACCAGUGAUGGCCUAACUCGCACUCCUGUGGGGAAUGGACAUUCUGCCAGUUGCAAAUCUAGGAAAUGCCCAGUUUAGACCCCUGGAAGUGUCCUCUCCCAAGUGACCCACAGUGUAGAAGUUUGGGGUUGCCCUGUGAUUUUACUGCUUUUUUCCUUUAGAUUUUGGAGUCAGGUCUCCUAGGGAGGCUCACAACUUUUGAGCAAACAUCCAAUUCACCUUUAAAGGAGAUUUUGUUUCAAACUUGGCUUUGAAUUAAGAAUUGGAAAAAGGAAAAUGUUUUCUAUACAUUUCUUAUCAGGGAACCACAGAUGGUCAUGUUAUCUACCAGAACACUAGUGUUUACACUUGUGUUCUUCUGGCCCAUUGUGUACUUGGAUGGGGAUCACCAGCCCCUCAUGUUAUAAACAUUGCUGGUACGCUGGGCUCCUCACCAGGAAGUCACAGCCCAGAGGUAACCUUUCCAUCCAUCACCACACCCGUCAGUUCAGUGCCAGAACAAGUUAGUAGAUUUCAGCUAGCAAAGAAUCAGCAUGGAUUACUUUCAGGUUUCUUGGAUGUCAGUCGUUUAAAAAGUAUUUUUUAAGGUGCUAAAGACUGAAUGCAAGCCCUUCAGGCUGAGCUACAUCUCCAGGCUUUUUAUUUUUAUUUUGAGACAGGAUCUUGGUAAGUAGAGUUAAAUAGAGACUUUCCAAGAUACAAAGAUGCUUAAGCUGGGUUUGAACUUGGUGGUCCUGCCUCAGGAAAAAACCUUUUUCUUUGGUAAAAAUGAUACCGUUUUUGUCGAGGUCCUUGCAGGAGACACAGAAAGUGGUUACUUAGAUAAUAACUACAAGGAAAGAUUUAUUAAAAUAAUUCUUUUUUUUUCUUAGUAACAAAUGAAUGCAGUUCAUCACAGAAACUUCAGAAAAUACAAAUUUAAAAGAUGGAAUCCUAAUGCAAUUAAAAACAUCACUGUUAGCACGUUGACGUAUACGAGGGUUGUAUUUUCAGCUGCAAAACUUGUAAUAACUUAGCCAAACCAGAAGGAUUAGGGGAAUGCUAAGUCUUUGGAGGGCCUGAGCACAGCACUUCUGGGCAUCCCUCAUUGGAGAUAACAUGUCAGACAGCAGGGUCCAGCAUCCUGGCUGGAUUUGUGAAUGCUGGUUAGUGUCACAGCAGAAGCAACCGUGCCUUCUGUAUUAGCACGUAGCUGAUUAUGAUUCAUCACUUGUUAUAGAGGGACACUUCACUUAAGAAUGAUUUUUUAAAAAUAAUUUACUAUAGCUGAACAAAUGGUAGAAGUGAGAGAAGAGUGUAAGCCUUUCUGAAGGCAGGAAAGGUAGCUUAGAGGUCAUUUUGUCAGCUGGGCCACAUACAAACUUGGCAUUCUGGGAAUAUUUGUAGCUGACAAAUGUUCUCUAUUCUCAUAUGUAUAAUCAUGGUAGUUUCCUUAUUUACUAAAUAUAAUUGGCUAUAGAAGGAAUUAUGGCCAAAGUUUUUAUAAAAUCGUUUUCUACUAUUGAUUCAACAUUUGUAAUUUUGAUUGAUAAAUAUUAUUAGAACUAAUAAAGUGUUUGAAGGCUCA